AUGGAGAGGAUACGCGAAUUCCUUCGACGCGAGCAGGAAUAUGAACCGAUUGAGAAUGGCGACGAUGGAGAGCCUUCUCCCACGGCCACCAGAAAGCCGCGGGGAUUCAAUUACGUCGAAUAUGGCAUCUUCCUCCUCCUCGGAAUCUCCAUGCUCUGGGCAUGGAACAUGUUCCUCGCAGCCGGCCCUUAUUUCCAACGCCGCUUCCACAGCAAUUCAUGGAUCUAUGAGAAUUUCCAGGCAGCUGAGAUUUCCGUCUCUACCAUCACGAACCUGGGUUCUAUGCUCAUUCUCACGCGUUUACAAGCCAAUGCUUCCUACCCGAAACGCAUCGUCGCUUCGCUGCUUAUCAACAUGGUGGUCUUCUCACUUCUGGCGAUCUCAACGGCGGUACAAACGAGCGCGGAGGUCUAUUUCGGGUUCUUGAUGGUCGUCAUGUUUCUCACGAGUCUGGCAACGGGAUUAUGUCAGAACGGCAUCUUUGCGUAUGUCUCGGGCUUUGCGGAGCCUAGGUAUACGCAGGGCAUCAUGACGGGACAGGCUGUGGCGGGAGUCUUACCCUGCAUCUUGCAGAUUGUGUCGGUGUUAUCUGUUCAAGGCCGUGGUCGGAUGCCACAUGAGGGUCCUCCGCAUGGCCCACCACCGGUUCCCUGGACUGCGGCGCUCGCCUAUUUCGUCACGGCUACGGCCAUUUCUGUGGUCACGUUACUGGCUUUUGGAUAUUUGUUUGCACGGAACUGGCAGCCGAAGAAGAACGUGCAGGAUGAGAGUGAUGAUCCGGAUGCCGCAGCGGCUGCGGCAGAAGAUCGCAAAGCGAUUCCGUUGCUCUAUCUGCUACGGAAACUCGUCUGGCUGGCUGGGGGAGUCUUCGUCACGUUCGUCAUCACUAUGGUGUUUCCAGUCUUCACGCAACAGAUUGUCUCCGUAAGGCCGCCGGAGGAGCAGUCGCCGAUUCUACAGCCUCCCAGCUUCAUUCCUCUGGCACUUUUAUUCUGGAACGCUGGGGAUCUGAUCGGACGUCUGAUCACUGCUGUGCCAUCUCUCUCCCUGGUCCUUCGGCCCCGAAUUGUCUUUGGUUUGGCAGUCAGCCGCGUUGUCUUCAUUGGCCUCUACCACCUAUGCAACAUCCGCGGUCAAGGAGCGAUUGUCAACAGCGAUUUCUUCUACCUGGUAAUGGUGCAGCUUUUCUUCGGCUUGUCGAAUGGCUAUCUGGGCAGCACCUGUAUGAUUGGUGCGGGCGAAUGCGUUGAAGAAGAGGAACGAGAAGCAGCAGGAGGGUUCAUGGGUCUCUGCCUGGUCGCUGGUCUGACCGUGGGCAGUCUCCUGAGUUUCUUCAUCACAGGACUAUGA